AUGGAUUAUGAUUUCAAGGCGAAGCUGGCGGCGGAGCGGGAGCGGGUGGAGGAUUUGUUUGAGUACGAAGGGUGCAAAGUGGGACGCGGCACCUACGGGCACGUCUACAAGGCGAGGCGAAAAGAUGGAAAAGAUGAAAAAGAAUAUGCAUUGAAGCAAAUUGAAGGCACAGGAAUAUCUAUGUCGGCAUGUAGAGAGAUUGCACUUUUGCGAGAAUUGAAGCACCCUAAUGUGAUCGCCCUGCAGAAGGUGUUCCUUUCUCACAGUGACAGGAAGGUGUGGCUGCUGUUUGAUUAUGCAGAACACGAUUUAUGGCAUAUUAUUAAGUUUCACCGUGCAUCAAAAGCAAAUAAAAAGCCCAUGCAGUUGCCAAGAUCUAUGGUUAAAUCAUUACUUUACCAGAUUCUUGAUGGGAUCCAUUACCUCCAUGCAAAUUGGGUGCUUCACAGAGAUCUGAAACCAGCAAAUAUCCUAGUAAUGGGAGAAGGUCCUGAGAGGGGGAGAGUCAAAAUAGCUGACAUGGGUUUUGCCAGAUUAUUCAAUUCUCCUCUAAAGCCACUAGCAGAUUUGGAUCCUGUAGUUGUGACUUUCUGGUAUCGGGCUCCAGAACUUUUGCUUGGUGCAAGGCAUUACACAAAGGCCAUUGAUAUAUGGGCAAUAGGUUGCAUAUUUGCUGAACUGUUGACUUCAGAACCUAUUUUUCACUGUCGUCAGGAAGAUAUAAAAACAAGCAAUCCUUUUCAUCAUGAUCAACUAGACCGAAUAUUUAGUGUCAUGGGAUUUCCUGCAGAUAAAGACUGGGAAGAUAUUAGAAAGAUGCCAGAAUACCCAACACUUCAGAAAGACUUUAGAAGAACAACGUACGCCAACAGUAGCCUCAUAAAGUACAUGGAGAAACACAAGGUCAAGCCUGACAGCAAAGUAUUCCUUUUGCUUCAGAAACUCCUUACGAUGGAUCCAACCAAGAGAAUUACCUCCGAGCAGGCUCUGCAGGAUCCCUAUUUUCAGGAGGACCCCUUGCCGACAUUAGAUGUGUUUGCUGGCUGCCAGAUUCCAUACCCCAAACGAGAAUUCCUUAAUGAAGAUGAACCUGAAGAAAAAGGUGACAAGAACCAGCAACAGCAGCAGAACCAACAUCAGCAGCCCACAGCCCCUCCACAGCAGGCGGCUGCCCCCCCGCAGGCACCCCCACAGCAGCAGAACAGCACCCAGACCAACGGGACUGCAGGAGGUGCAGGGGCCGGGCCGGCCGGAGCAGGGCUGCAGCAUAGCCAGGACUCCGGCCUUAACCAGGUGCCUCCCAACAAGAAACCGCGGCUGGGGCCUUCAGGCACAAACUCGGGCGGGCCUGUUAUGCCCUCAGAUUAUCAGCACUCCAGCUCGCGCCUGAAUUACCAAAGCAGCGUCCAGGGAUCCUCUCAGUCCCAGAGCACACUAGGCUAUUCCUCCUCGUCUCAGCAGAGCGCACAGUACCACCCAUCUCACCAGGCCCACCGCUACUGACCGGCCACAGCCCAGAGCACAGACUCCAGCAAUAUGAUGUCUGCAUUGAAGAGAACCAAAAAUGCAAGCUCUGAUGCUGCCAGCCACUUAGGAGGAAAACUAUUUACGGAGCAUUUUGCAAGACUGACUGACGUCUCUUCUUUAGUGACUUAAAGAAGAUGUUUGUGAAGUUUCCCCAACAGCCUUUCCCUGCAUGUGUCCCAUUGAGACUUCUCUGAUAAAGCGUCUGAUCUAAUCCCAGCACUUAACUUCUGUAACCUUCAGCAUCUUGGGGAAGGAUUUCCUGGUGCACCUUUCUCAUGCUGUAGCAAUCGCUAUGAUUUCUCUUUCCAGAGCUCUUUUAUUAGGAUUUUAAUGUUUUAGAAACAAGACU